AUGGAAAGACCCCUUACUCAGAAGCCACUGUUCAUCCAAGAUGAGAAUUCGACCAUCCACCGCAAAAAGGCAGCGGUUCAUGGUAAAUCAAGGAGUUCCAAGCAGAUUUCUGAGAAGGGUGGAGCAGUGCUUGAAAGUCGUAAAGCUCUUAACGACAUUACAAAUAAGUCAUCCCUUCAUCCUGAGGCAUCAUUGAAGAAAAAUAAUUCACAAACUAAGAAACAUAAUGUUUUAGAGGAAGGAUCUUUACACAAUCAUGUUAUUGGGGCUGAAGAAUCCGCAAAGGCAGUGCUUGUAAAUGAGAAUCUUAAUAUUGCAGAAGAGGGAUUUUUGCACGAUCACAACAAGUGCAUUGAGGCUGAGAAAGCAUCUUCAGAACGUCACUUUUGGGAUAUCGUUCUUCCUGGACUUGAUUCCGCAGAUCCAGCGCCAAGAUUAGCAAAGAUCGAUCCCGAUUUCAGUAGCCUAGCAGAACUAAAGGAACUAAAUGAAGAUUGGUUGAACUCUUCAUCGUGGUGGAAGUCUCCUCCACGUUCUCCUACGCGUUGGGAUUCUCCACCCAUCUCUCCUUUUGCACGGGAGCACGUGUCCGUUGAAUUUACUUUGAAGGAAGAAGAUGAUUGUCAUGUAUGA